AUGGGCCACGGUGAGGAACAGAACAGGGUCAAAGCUUUGGUCAAACAGCUGGGCCUAGCCCACAAUGAGGUUAAUGAUAACCUCGAAAAACUAGUUGCGAAGAACACUAGCUGGGGCAUAAGCAGCUCAGGUGAGAUACAAGCCUGGAACGACCUGGUGGCGGAGUUCGAGAAUGAGGUCUCUGUUGCAGUAUGCCCCAACUGCAAGGCUAAGUCGGAGCUUUUCCGCGUUGAUGGAUACAAUAAGAUCUUCCGGAAGCUUCGAGGCAAGGCCGCUGAGAAGUUCGUCACUCCAACCUACGUACGCAACCUCCUCCACAAGCUGUGGCGUGAGGAGAGGCAGGUCCUCGAGUUCUUGUUCCCGGCCUCGGUCGGUCGUGGAGAGGAUAUCUUCUUCAUGCAGAAUAUUGUGGUACCGCCUAAUAAGCUCAGACCUCUACGUUUUGGUGGUGACAGUGAUGACAAUCAAGGAUUCUUACCGGCCUCCACGGUCUGUUUGAAGAACAUCCUAGAGUCGAAUCUCCUGCUCAGACAGCUGCUUGAGACGGAUCAAGAGGCUUUGGAGAACCCAAAUGAGAGGGAGAAGGCUGGUGAUGCCUUGCCGAACCUUAUUUCGGAUGAGGAUGAGACUAUGAAGCCUGUUGACAACACUCCUCAGAGAGGGCCUAUGACUACUCUUGGAACUGCACUCAUUGACUUGCAGAAUAACGUAAAUAACUAUCUAGAUUCUGCUAAGAGCGGCAAGGCCCAGAACAAGGUCGUGGCAUUUGGUGUACGACAGCUUCUUGAGAGGAAGCAGGGUCUAUUCAGAAUGAAGAUGAUGGGCAAGCGUGUUAACUACGCUGCUCGUAGUGUUAUCAGUCCGGAUGUCUCUCUGGAGACUAACCAGAUUGGUCUCCCCAUGUUCGCGGCUCUACAGUUGACUGUGCCCGAGCCGGUCAACUCCUUUAACGUAGACUACCUGCGGGCGUUGGUGGAGAAUGGUCCCGAUAAGUACCCAGGCGCCGCUGCUGUAGUGUUCCCGGAUGGCAAGCUGGUGUCACUGAAGGGUCGACAACCUCAUCAAAGGAAGGCCAUUGCUAGGAGUCUAUAUCAGAGUACCAACCCAGAUAAGAAGCCUAGAGUGGUGCUCAGGCAUGUGAGGGAUGGUGAUCCUCUGCUGGUGAAUCGUCAGCCUACCUUGCAUAAGCCAGGCAUUAUGGCUUUGUUCGUAAAGGUGCUCAGUAAGGAGAAGACUAUCCGAAUGCAUUACUCCAACUGUAACACAUUCAAUGCCGAUUUCGAUGGUGAUGAGAUCAACUUGCAUUGUCCUCAAGACUCUAAUGCCAGAGCUGAAGCCAUCUAUAUAGCCUCUGCCGAUCACCAGUAUCUGGGGCCUACCUCUGGCAAGCCCCUUCGUGGUCUUAUCCAGGAUCAUGUUGUCUCUGGUGUGUUCCUCACUGCAAGGGAUCACUUCAUGAGGAAAACUGAAGUUCAGAACCUCAUCUACACUGCCAUGCGAGCCGCUAUAGAAGGCGAUACCUCGGGUAUUGCUGGGGUGCCCAAGGACUUUAGAAUUGUCAUGGAGCCUCCAGUCAUCGUAAAGCCACAGACAUUGUGGACAGGAAAGCAGGUCAUCACCAUCUUCCUCAAGAGUCUUAUCAAGUUCGCUACUCACAGUACGGAUAAAGCCAUCGUCAAUGGCUUUAAUCACCAUGCUAAGGCCAAGACCCCUGGCGAUCUCUGGGGUGGUGUCAGUGAUGGUAACAAGGAGGAGCAGAUGGUCACUAUCAGAGAUACUGAGCUCAUAGAGGGUGUCCUGGAUAAGGCUUCCUUUGGUGCUACGGCUAAUGGUCUUACACAUCUCUUCUAUGAGCUGUGUGGCCCUAAGGCUGCUGGACUACUACUCACUGGUAUGGGUAGGAUGCUCACCCUCUACCUCCAGUACCAUGGCUUCACUUGUGCUAUGAGGGAUCUUCUUAUCACUCCUGAGGGUGACGAGGCAAGGCUGCAGAUGUUGAGGAAGGCUAGGGAAGACUCCUGGAAUAAGAUCAGAGACUGGGUGAAUGAGAAUAGCCCGGAGGAGGCUAACGUCAAGACUCUACAUAAACUCCAGAAGGAGAUAGAGCGGAGUGGUAUGAACGAUCAGGCAAGUUGUAUGCAGCGGACCCUAAGGUUCAACACCCCAUGUUCGAAGAAACUCAUUGACAUCCUAUUCCCUAAGGGCCAGGUGUCUCCAUUCCCGGAUAACUGCUUCUCGGCUAUGGUCAGCACAGGUGCAAAGGGUUCGAAGGUGAAUCACUCAAUGAUUGACGCUAUGUUGGGCCAGCAGGAACUGGAGGGACAUCGUGCUCCUCGUAUGAGGAAUCAGCGAUUCCUUCCCAGUUUUGCCCAGUAUGAUAUCGGCCCGAGAGCUGGUGGUUACAUUACCGACAGAUUCCUCACUGGAUAUCGGCCACAAGAGUUCUUCUACCAUUGUAUGGCUGGUAGAGAGGGCCUUGUUGAUACUGCUGUGAAGACAGCAAGAUCUGGAUACUUGCAGAGAUGUUUGGUGAAGAACUUGGAGGGUAUUACUAUCAACUAUGACUAUACUGUUCGGGAUACUGAUUCAUCGAUCGUCGAGUUCCUUUAUGGUGAGGAUGGUAUGGAUGUGACCAAGGUCAGCCAUUUGGAACAGUUCGAUGUGUUGGAUGAGAACUCUGCCUUCAUGGCCAAGAGUGCUGCUGUCGCUAAGGAGGAGGCUAAGAUGGAGAGCAACUUGCCGGCCCUUUAUCGGAAGUGGGCGGAGAAGCCUCAGAGUGGCCGAAGGACCAAGGACCUCGUGAAGGAGGUUAAUGCUAGCGAUAAGCUGCGAGACGAGGAGAAGGAGCACAUCGCGUUUGUGGUGAAGGAUACUCAUACGAACGGAGGCAAGGCUCCUCCUAUGAACAGCAUGCUACCCCCAUGGAGGUUCACUGGUGCUAUGUCCGAGCGAGAGGAGAAUGCAUUGACGGAGUAUCUCUCCCAUAGACCGGAGGAAUUGGAGAAGAAGAUGCCGACUGAGGAGUUCCGUGAUGUUAUCAUGCAUAAAUACGCUAGGACCCUCGCGGAUCCCGGUGAGGCUGUUGGUACCUUGGCUGCUCAGGGUAUGGGAGAGCCCUCUACCCAGAUGACCCUGAAUACCUUCCAUCUUGCUGGUCAUGGUGGUGUUAACGUCACACUAGGUAUCCCUCGACUGAGGGAGAUUGUACAGACCGCAUCUCGCCACCUGGAAACCCCUGCUAUGGAAUUCCCUGUGCUCGGGGGAGUUAAGGUUGCUGAGGAGCUCAAGGGUAAGAUGACACGAGUGUCUCUGAAGGACGUGGUUGUGGCGACUCACGUGUUGGAGUCGGUAACUGCGGCCCAGCCUAGUGGAGAGACCAUGCGAACCUACGAGCUUGUGGUUGAACUGGUUGACCCCGUUAUGAUCCAGAAAGCAUAUCCUAGUUUGUCACAGACAGCCAUUGCUCACUUCCUGGACCAUGACUUCCGAGAUAAGCUCAACUCAAAUCUCAAGAAGUUCAUCAAGAUAUCUGAGAGCACCUCUACUAUCACAUCACGUAAGGCCCAGCAAGAGGAGGGAGCAGCUGAUGUGUUCAAUGAGAUUCCCGAGGAUGAGAAUAAUGCUGAGCAGAAGGAUCAAGGCGACGAAAGCCAGAACGUCACUCGUACACUAGCCCAGCGUGCUCGAGCUACCGAUGAGGAGAGGGAGGCCGAGCUUGAUAGGAUGGAGGCUGCUAGCGAUGCCGAUGAUGCUGAUGAAGGACAGUAUGAUGACCUUGUUGAUGACGCAGCAGCAGGUGAUGAUGAUAAGAAGGAUGAUGAUGAGGCCGAGGAGGACAACGAGACCCCCGUAGCUGAGGAGGGCACUCAAGGACCUGCACUUGGAGGGCAGACUACUGCUGAGGAGUAUCAGGUCUCCAAGACUAAGAACUCUACUGAAGUCAUCUUCAACAAGUCUGGACGUCUAUACGGCCCGAAGUUUGUUCUCCGUUCCCGACCACUUGAGCUCUCCCAGGGCAUCUCUCGGAAGAUUCUUAUCCUGGAGGCUGUCGCAGAUCUUUGCUCUGAUCUAUACAUCCAGCAGACCCCUGGCAUCACCAGCGUCCAUGUGGUGGAGCCCCGUCCUGGUCAGUCAGAUAAGGUCACGAUUGAGACUGAAGGUGUUAACCUCGAUAUUGCAUGGGGCCUUGAUGGCAUCGACCAUGACCGCAUAGUCACCAAUGAUAUCGGUCUUAUCUUGGAUCGGUAUGGUGUAGAGGCAGCACGUGCGGCUAUAGUUCAAGAGGUGCUCCGAGUGUUCGGUCACUAUGGUAUCGGUGUCGACCCCAGGCAUUUGAUGCUCAUCUCUGACUACAUGACUCAUCAUGGAGGGUUCCGUCCCUUCAGCCGUAGAGGUAUGGAGGCUCACGCAUCCCCAUGGCUGCAGAUGACAUUCGAGACUAGUGUUAACUUCCUCACUAAGGCCUGUAACAAUGCGCAGUAUGAUACCUUAAAGAGUCCAGCUGGGUCCAUCAUCGUCGGCAAGCAGGCCAGUGUUGGUACUGGAUGCUUCGAUCUACGUAUGGAGAUGCCCAAGAGUGUACGGGGGCUUGCUAAGGAUGAGCUGACUACUCAGGUCAAGAAGCCGAAGAAGGAAUUCGUCUUCGCGUGAUAUAUAUAGGAGGUCGGCCAGUGGUGUUGUGAAGGUCGUUAACGUAUUUACCAAGAGAGCUCCGAUUAUGCUCGCUACU